UGGCCGGGACCGGAGAGAAGGAGGUGGGACAAAAAAAGCGGCGUCCUUCUGACCGGCUGAAGCCCCCCCGCGAGCCGGUUUUGCGUCGCCUGACGGUGCCCGGCCCGGGUUUCCUUCCCACCCCCGCCUCUCCGACCAUAGGCCCCAAACCCGGAAGUGCAGCGGCUCGCAGCUUCCGGUCCGGGCCCCUCUUGCUGUUCUCUCUUCUUUCCGCCUCCUCCGCCUCCUUCCCCUCCCCCUUCCCUCCUCCCCCCUCCCCCCCCCGGAGCGCCUCUCCCAAAAUGGCGCCGCUGGACCUGGAUAAGUACGUCGAGAUAGCGAGGCUCUGCAAGUACCUGCCCGAGAACGACCUCAAGCGGUUGUGCGACUAUGUCUGUGACCUGCUCCUAGAAGAAUCGAACGUGCAGCCGGUGUCUACCCCUGUUACCGUCUGCGGUGACAUUCAUGGACAGUUUUAUGAUCUAUGUGAAUUAUUCAGAACUGGAGGUCAGGUUCCUGACACAAACUACAUAUUUAUGGGUGAUUUUGUAGACCGAGGCUAUUACAGUCUAGAGACAUUUACUUAUCUUCUUGCCCUGAAAGCAAAGUGGCCGGAUCGAAUCACGCUCUUACGUGGGAAUCACGAAAGCAGACAGAUAACCCAAGUCUACGGAUUUUAUGAUGAAUGCCAAACAAAAUACGGCAAUGCCAACGCCUGGAGAUACUGCACUAAAGUCUUCGACAUGCUCACGGUAGCAGCGUUGAUAGAUGAACAGAUCCUCUGCGUGCACGGAGGCCUUUCUCCCGACAUCAAAACACUGGACCAGAUCCGAACCAUCGAGCGGAACCAAGAGAUCCCCCACAAAGGGGCUUUCUGUGAUCUCGUCUGGUCCGACCCAGAGGACGUGGACACCUGGGCCAUCAGUCCUCGGGGCGCCGGGUGGCUUUUUGGUGCUAAAGUGACCAAUGAGUUUGUCCACAUCAACAACUUGAAACUGAUCUGCCGGGCCCACCAGCUGGUCCACGAAGGGUAUAAAUUUAUGUUUGACGAGAAGCUGGUGACGGUCUGGUCCGCUCCAAACUACUGCUACCGCUGUGGGAAUAUCGCCUCAAUCAUGGUCUUUAAGGACGUGAACACGCGAGAACCAAAGCUCUUCCGGGCCGUGCCAGAUUCCGAACGCAUCAUCCCUCCGAGAACCACCACGCCGUAUUUCCUCUGAAGUGACCCUCUCCGGCCCUCCCUCCUCUCUUUGUGACGUACAUCCUAUGGAGCACUUUGCUGCUGAAAUGCUUUUUUUUAUUAUUAUUUUUAAAUUAUCUAAAAAAAAAUGUAUAUGGUCUGUAGCGUUGCGUUUCUUAAAUCUGCCUUUUCCCGUGCGCCGCCUCCUCCCUUUUCUAGGACUUAAAAGAUCGCUUUUGAAACGUCCCACGAGCACUUGACACACAAAAACACACAUUAUUUAGUGCUUUUGAUUUCCUGUUUUUGUUUUAGGGGAAACUUUCCCUUCGAUAUAUAAAAAAAAAUCAAAUAAAAACAGAGCAAGACGUCAGAACUAGCCUGAUUCUCCUUUAUUUCGUUCAGGAGUUGGCUUGGGAUUUUUUUUUCUUCUUUUUUGUUUUGGAUAAGCUUUUUCAGAAAUUUCAGCAGCAAAGUUGAAUUAAUAUGCCUGUUGGGACUGACUUAGUCCAAUUUCAGGGCAUAUCC